GAAGAGGCGUGGCCCGAGAGCGGAAGUGGCCGGAACCCGGAAAUGCGGCUCGCGAGUUGUGGCUGUCUCAGAGGCCUUGGAAUAAAAAUGGCUGUGGAAGGGCAGAGCAAACGGAAGAAAAAGAAAAGUGCCGAGCAGGGAAAGAACCCAGUCGACGGUGUUCGCGGGAAUCUGACCGGAGACUAUCUGGUGGGACAAGUCGCCAACAGUUUAUUCCACGACAAGCUCUCCAGGGGCAGCACAGGUCGGCUGGCGUCCCUCUUCAGCUCUUUGGAGCCUCAGGUUCAACCCCUGUACGUGCCCGUGCCUAAAGAAACCGCCAGAAAAAGGAAACGGGAUGAGGAGGAAGAAAGUACAUCCCAGAUUCAGAGACCACUUUUGCAAGAACCUGCAAAAAAAAUGAAAGUGAAGAAGAAACACUCUGAUGCAGACAAAAAUUUGGCAAACAGGGAAAGUGCUCUAGCGAGUGCUGAUUUAGAAGAAGAAAUUCACCAGAAACAAGGGCAGAAAGGGAAAAAGUCUCAAUCUGGUGUUAAAGUCACAGAUAGAAAAGUACUUGACGAUGUAGGUGAUGCAGUUGUAAAUCAAAGAAAGAAAAUUCAGGUCAACCAAGAAGAAGAGAGAUUAAAGAAUGAGAGAACUGUGUUUGUUGGCAAUUUGCCUGUGACAUGUAAUAAGAAGAAGCUGAAGUCACUUUUUAAAGAGUAUGGACAAAUAGAAUCUGUACGAUUUCGUUCUCUGAUUCCAGCAGAGGGAACUCUAUCCAAAAAGUUGGCAGCAAUAAAGCGUAAAAUUCAUCCUGAUCAGAAAAAUAUUAAUGCCUACGUUGUGUUCAAGGACAAGAGUGCUGCUACAGAAGCAUUGAAAAGAAAUGGGACUCAAAUUGCAGAUGGAUUUCGUAUUAGGGUUGAUCUUGCAUCUGAGACUUCAUCUAGGGACAAGAGAUCAGUAUUUGUGGGGAAUCUCCCUUACAAAGUUGAAGAAUCUGUCGUUGAGAAACACUUUUUGGACUGUGGGAGUAUCGUGGCAGUGAGGAUUGUGAGAGACCAAGCUACAGGAGUUGGCAAGGGGUUUGGCUAUGUACUCUUUGAGAAUACAGAUGCUGUUCAUCUUGCUCUGAAAUUAAAUAAUUCUGAACUUAUGGGAAGAAAACUCAGAGUCAUGCGUUCUCUUAAUAAAGAAAAAUUAAAACAACAGAAUUCAAAUCCAGGUUUGAAGAAUGUCAGUAAACCUAAGCAAGGACUUCAUUUUGCUUCCAAAAAUGCAGGACAUUCUAAGAGUUUAUUCAUUGGCGAAAAAGCUGCUCUUAUUAAAAAGAAGAAGAAAGGACAGAAGAAAAGUGGACGAACUAAGAAACAGAGAAAACUGAAAUAGUGAUUAGAAGCUGCUUUUUACUCCCCCCACUAAGUAGUUAGUAAAAGUGCUAUUACUGUUAGUAUUCAUGUAAUGAGUUUUAUAAUUUUUUAUGAAUGGUGUGUACAAAAUAUGGGGAUUUCUGCAUUCUUUGUUUAUUCACAUUGUAAUACUACCUUUGAAACAUUUGUUUUAAGGUUAGUUACCAUGGAUUAUGUGUUACUUCUGAUUAUAUCAGAGAUGAUUUUAGACUUGGGUUGAACAUUCAGAAUUUUAAUGGCUGUUAUUUUAGUGGAUGUUAGAAAUGGACAAUUAACACUUCUGUUAUUUCAAGAAUAUUACUUGGGAUGAGAUAAAUUUAAAAAGUAAGUAAAUUGAAAGAAAAACAAACAGUAAACUUCAAUACUGAUUGUACUUAAACCAAAUAUCCUAAUAAUUAAAGUGGGAACACUGAUCCAAGGUCUAGUUGUAAUCGCUAAGAAAAAGGUUUUGAGAGCUAUUAUGUAAUAUCUACUCAUUUCUUUCUUUCUUUUGCACUUAUGGUAAGUGGAAUUCUGGAUUUUUAUAUUAUUUCAUCAACCUAAUAAUAACUAAACAAAAAGAAUACUAAAAAAAAUGUCGCUCUGAUUUUUUUUAUUUCUAACCAGGGAUUAGACUGGUUAUUGAAGUCCUUGGCAAAUUGGCUGUAAAGCAGAUUUAUCCUUCUCUAUUUUUAUUUGAAAAGUAUUCUCCCAGGAAAACUUGUGAUUCUUAAUGUUAACCAGUAGAAUGAAAAAUUCUUUCCAAAAAAAAUCAUAUAUAAAGGAAACAUUUCUAAUAAAACAUGGUAAUUAAGUCACAAAGUAUAAAUAAAGUUCAACAAGGAGGGAGAGGAUACCAUUGCAUUCCCUUGGGGCUUAACCUUUGAGAGGCUGCACCCCUCACGGUCCUUACACACUGGGUCUGUGACCAGCAGAGAGCUGCCACGUGAAGCCUGGCUGGUUGUAGGCGGGCAGAAUCUGCAAUAGACACAUCCUGUCACUUAGAUGGGUGAGGGGGCGGGGAAGGGGAUUAUUACUGAUUGUUUUAAAAAUCUUGUCUUUUGGGACUAGCACAAGGAAAACCUAGUGGGUCUUUAAAAUGCAGCUCUGUAGAGAGCACAGAGAGCUCUGUUUUCCUGUAUGUAGGGACUGGAUAGUUUAUGCUUAGUAUCCCUUACAGGGCUUAGAACCUUGUUUUUCAUAAAUUGGCUUCAAGUCAAUAUUCAUUAUCUGAUCAUUCUUGAAUAUUUUUGCAUAUAUUUCCAGUUAUAUAAAGAUGCAACAUCUGUAGACUAUAUAGGUAAUAUGUUCAUGUGUAGUCUGUGCAUAAACUUAAUUGUGACUCUCGUGUGAAAGGGCCUGCUUCUUAAAGCAGGGCAGAUAAGAUUAUUAAACACAUUAAAAUGUUGCUUCACAUUUG